AUGAAACUGUUUGAAAAUAAUAAAGGCUUCAGCUACGACGUGGUGUUCACUGCUAGUAUGGGCACAAUCCUCGAUCGGUUCCUCUUUUUCUUCGGAGACUACAGGGUACAGGGUGUUAUUUGGCGCUGGACCCUUCUGUUGGCCAGAUCAAUCAUUGCGAUUGAAUAUUCGGUGGUGGAAUAUGGGAAGAGGUAUCUCAAUUCCGGUCUCUUCAUGGGCUAUGCAAAAAAGUUUUAUCAAAUGAUCACUUUGAAAGAUGUUGCUGAUGGCGAUGAUGUCCAACUAUACUACACGAUGGUUUACCUUGAUGAAAAGCUAAGGCGACCGGGGCAGGGCAUCCGAUGUAUGGUCAUGAUUGAGUAUCCCUCUGAUAUGAGCCAUGCACACGGCUUCCAAUUGGUGUUGCACAUGCUAGCAGAAAAGUUGUUCGAAAAACCUGUCGAUGUCCAUUUUCGUGUUCUCAUCUUCCGCAUGUUGAAGUUUCGAAUAAGCAGAAGUGGAAGACUUUGA